GGCAGCAGCACCAAAUGCAAGAUGGCAGCCAGCGGGAGGCUGAUGAGGGACCUUGAAGAAAUCCACAAACGUGGAAUGCAAAACUUCUGUAACAUCCAGGGUGAUGAAGUUAAUUUAUUGACUUUGCAAAGGCUUAUUGUUCCUGACAACCCUUCAUAUGAUAAGGGGACCUUCAGAAUCAAAAUCAACUUUCCAUUAGAGUAUCCAUUCAAAUGGCCAAAGAUCACAUUUAAAACAAAGAUCUAUCACCCCAACAUCAACGAAAAAGGGCAGGUCUGUCUGCCAGUAAUUAGUGCUGAAGACUGGAAGGCAGUAACCAAAACCAACCAAAUAAUGCAGUCCCUCAGAGGACAGGUGAACGACCCUCAGCCUGAGCACCCACUUUGGGCUGACCUAGCUGAAGAAUACUCUAAGGAAUGUAAAAAAUUCUGUAAGAAUGCUGAAGAGUUUACAAAGAAAUAUGGAGAAAAGUGAGUUGUGGACCAGAAUCUGCUGUGAUUCACUCCAGCGAGUGUGAGGAGAGACCACAAGCGGU